AUGUCACUACCCCACUUUGCACCAUUUCCCGACGCAAAAGUCAGAAAGAGCAUACUACCCGAUGAAUGGCAACUUUAUCUCGACUCAUGGUCUUCAUUGGCUGAGCUAUACCUGCGCCUAGGGGAUCAACAAUUUAUAUCAACAAUUCAAGAGAAGGAUACGCUGACUCCAUUUCUGACGUCUUUCUUCCAUGAACUGGCCCAUGACGACACGUUGCCAUCAACCGUAGCGUCUUUGCGAAAGAAAGCCUUCUUUCUAUCACAUCGGCUGCUUUCAAGAGACGACAUCCCAAACGCUCUCCUUAGCUGGUCAGCGCUCUCUGAUAUCUGUCAUGUCUACCCAAAGAGCGAGCAACUUCGCACACUUCUACAGGGUUUAUGGAAGCGAAAGGGCGCAACCAUUGAAAAGUCACUCCAGACUGCCAAGACAUCAUUGAUCAGAAAUCUGGAGUCGAAGAGGCCAGAGGAGACCGAGAGCACUCUUGAUAGGGUAGCGCCCCUUCUCAGAGCCUCGAAUGAUGCCAGUCUCUUCAUGCUUACCGGGUCCGACUUUCUAGAUGCCCUUUUGGCAGUGUAUCCUCGUGUACCCCAGCCCAUGCAGAAGAAGCUUGUGACAGUAGCAUAUCUUGGCCUUACAGCAGCUUUGGAGGGUUCAAAACCAAACUACUCGCUGCUUUCUGAUCACCUAUACAGUCUAAAGUCCAGCGAAGAACAAGAACAGAAGAAAGAGCCAGGAAAGAAAACCCUAGUAGCAGAUCUGGUCACAAAUACGCUGUUCUUGGAGAAGGUGAGAGACAAGGCCACUGCUCCAGAAGCGUCAAGAGUGAAGAAUACGGCAGCGUCACUCAGUGUGUUCCGUCAAUCGGGCAUUGCUCGGCCUAAGAAGUUGAUACGACGGAAGACAGACAAGGGCAAAGCCAAGGCAACGCAGGAUGAAUAUGGUCACGGAGCUUUUACCGGAGAGAUUCAUGUUCACCGAAUGAGCAUAAUUACUCAGAUACAAGACCUCUUUCCAGACCUCGGUGCUGGAUUCAUUGUGAAGUGUUUGGAUGAGUAUAAUGAUGACAUCGAGCAAGUUACCGCGCACCUACUAGAGGAAUCAUUACCACCACAUCUUGCCGAGGCGGACCGUAGUGAGAAGUUGCCUACUCCCACGACACCAUCACAGCCACUUCCACCUCCAAGAUCGAGUCAAUACAUCCCUGAGCGCCGUAACGUAUUCGACGACGAUGAUUUUGAUAAGCUUGCCGUCGAUACAUCCCGCCUUCACAUUGGUCGGCGAGGCCAAGACCUGAGUGCCGAUAAGAUACUCUCCGACCGGAGCAAGGCGCCCGCCAAGUCCUCCAUUCUGGCCGCUCUGGCAGCUUUUGAUUCAGACGAUGAUGAGAGAGACGAUACCUACGAUGUCGAAGACGUCGGUGCAUCAGUCGAUACCGCUGCGCUGGGACCAGGAGAAGAUGCUGACCUCGGCGAUAAGAAUGAAGAGGCUUUGUUCCGCGCAUACACCAUGACACCCGAGCUAUUUGGUCGCGAUUCGGACACUAGAAGAGGCAAAGCACGAACUGCACUCAAGAGCGAGACAGGAAUGACGGAUGAAGCAAUUGAGGGCUGGGGAAUAAUGAUGGGGCGCAACCCCAAGCAAUUACGGCGCCUCGAGGCAAAAUUCUCCACUUUCCAGGGCCAGCAGCGAGAACUACAGUCGACAGCAUGGAGGGAGAGCCCUGCAGAGUCUGGGGAUGAAGCUAGUGGCGACGGAUCUGGUGGUCGUGGAGGUAGAGGUGGUGGGGGUAGGGGCAGAGGAAGAGGCCGUGGACGAGGUGGAGCAGGUGGUGGGAGAGGUGGUGGUAAUGUCGCUGGCCCUAAUGAUGACAAAGCGACACAAAUCUCGCGGCAGAGAAAGGAAGCGAACAAGGGAUCGAGUGCGAAUCAUAACCGGAAGGCGCAGCGAGGGAAGAAGAUGGCUAGAGCAGGGUUUCCGGCUAGCUAG